AUGGCUGCUGUGGACGUUGAGAUUCCCUUGGGAGAGAGAUCUCUUGAACGAGAUUACAACCAUUCGGUCGACACCGAGUACAAGCAUCUCCGACAACUGGCUGACCAGGAAUUCAAGAAACGCAGUAGCCUCGCUGAGCAAUCAAAACAGGCCUAUGAACGUGGUGAAAAGGCUGAAGCUAAGCAACUUUCUGACCAGAGCAAAGAACAUGCGCGUAAAGGCGAUGAAUACAACCAACAAGCUGCAGCCUAUGUUUUUCGCGAAAAUAAUACAGAUUCCGCAGAUGAUGAAAUUGAUCUUCAUGGACUUUAUGUCAAGGAGGCCCAAGGAUAUCUUGACGAGCGAAUUCGCACAGCCAUUAACAGCAACCAGUCACACAUUAAGGUAAUCGUCGGCAAGGGUAUUCACUCGGAGGACCAUAUUGCCAAACUAAAACCUGCUGUGGUUGAAAUGUGUGAGAAAAACAAUCUCCAAUACCACAUCGAAGAGGGCAACGCAGGCGUCGUCGUCGUGGACCUUAAGGGCGGAUACUCUCCACAGCAGCAGCAGCAGCAGCAGCAGCACCCAUACCAGCAGCAGCAACAACCUCAGUAUCAGCAACAACAUCAGCAGCAACAGCAACAAGGAGGUUACCAUCAACAACAGCAACAACAGCAGCAGUCGGACGAGACAGUCGAUCUUAUUAUCAACAUUCUUACCUGCUGUCUCAAAAAGUGCUUUUCCAAAUAA